AUGCAUUCCAGCCCAGCCACCGGCGGGCCAAAAUUCACAAAAGAAGAGCAACAGCAGCAGCAGCAGCAGCAGCAAUUACCGUGCGGGCAUGCGAAGGGCAUCGAGUCAGCUGCAGAUGCAGACGCGGACGCAGAUCUGGACCUGCCUGAUGCCGAGACGGUCGUGAGGGAGGCCCUGGCGGAGAGGAGCCGGCGCGCGGCCGACGCGCAGAGGCGCAUCGAGCGGCGUGCGGCCAUUUCUUGUCGGAUCAGAUCGGCAAGGCGAGAGAGCGAGUCGUUGUCAAGGGCAAAGGUACCAGGAGCACAAGCACAAGCAGGAGCAGGAGCAGGAGCAGGAGCAGAAGAGCCGGGACCUCCAGCGUCAGCACCAGGAAGGAUGCAGUCGUGGAUCAGUCUGAUCGAGGACGACGACGACGAUGACGACAGUAAAAUUAGCGACGUUCGACUGCACGAAAGGCGAGAGAGCGUCGUAGCCGUCUACGUCCCCGUCACUGACGCCGAGGACAGCAGCAACCUCGUGGCCCUGUCGCAGGCUCGCUUGGCUUCACUGUGGGACGAAUGCGCCGCACAGCUCGGCUGGACGAAGCCUGCCGCCGACGAGCACCGAUAUAUACCCGUGCGUGCGAGCUGGCACGUCGGCUGGCGACACGCCUCGCAGCGCGAGCUCGCGAGCUGGGCCGACGCUGACACGCGCGUGCUCGUCAAGGAGCAGCGGCGCAGGCUCUCGCUAAAUCUCGGUGUCAGUGGCGAUGGCAAGCAGAAGCGAGCGCAGACCGUGGACGGUGUUAUUCUCGAAAGCAAAAUGAACAACCAGCAGCAGCCGCCAGCGAAGACUAUUGAUUGCGUCGCUCGAGCACAUUCGCACGAUAUCGAAAGUCCCGCUAAUGAGAAGGACAUGGAUGCCCAUCGCAGCGACGUCGACGGUGGAAAAUCAGUUGAUGCUGAGAUCAUUGACUUGUAUAAAAACAAAGUGGAUGGAGCAACGACGACGCGGUGCGAGCAGACGAUAGUACUUGCAAACAACAACGAGCAGCAGCAGUGCUUGGAGCAUGGGGCCGCGCAGAACAACAGUCGCAAGCGGAAGAGGAGGAGGAGCGACGACGGCGAGCAGUACUUCGGCGGGUACGGGCAGCUGGAGGAGCGCCUCGUGCCCCUCACUCGACGCCUGGAGGCUCUGGGGUUGGAAAACAAGGAGCUUAGAGAGAUGCUCGCCGCUCAGGCCGAGGACCAAGAAAAGCUGCGAAAGCAGACAUCGGAAGCGACAGCAGCUGCAGUCGUCGCAGUGGCCGCUCUACAGGAGCAACGUGAGCAGACAAGACCGUACAAGCAGCCCAUGGCCAGGGGCAUCCUCUUCGACUUUAUGGAGCGACACCAGUCCCUCACUGUAGCAGCAGCAGCAGCAGCAGCCAAGGCGGAUGAGCCAGAUACGAAGAAAAAAGACAGGGAAGCGAAGGUCAGGGACAAGCGCAAGGACAAGGACGGGAGCACGGCCACGACUAUGAUCCUUGUCGGUGGGCAGCUGCGGCCGUCGUGCUACUUUUCCGCCCAGAUCCCAACUGACCGUCUCUUCACCCUCCUCGAGGGAGGACUCGACCUCUUCGAGCGUGCGGAAAAUGAGGCGGCCCGGGAACGUAGAGCAUACAUGUUCAAUGCAUACAAGGACGUGCUCGUCUCCCGGCUCGGCGACCUCGACGAGGUGCGGAGGAAUGCACACCGUCAAAGGGCCUGGGCGGCCUUCGAGGAGCGCAAGAAGUGGGUGGAGAUGCAUGUGCACGAGGCGCCGCCACCAAACAUGCUGUCUCAGGAGGCUUCGGCAUGCAUGGAUGCCUUUCUCGGCAUGACACUCGAUCUCACCGCGGAGGACUGCAGCCGGCUUGCCGCUGAAUUCCGCGUGGAUGAAGGCGCAGUAACUGCCUACGCACGGGACAGGAUUCACGCAGCUAGGGCCCGUCUCAGCGACAUCCGGGCUGCGUGGGAGGAGCAAGCAUCGGCGUACGUGCGCCAGAAGCACGCAGGAAAUACGGAAAACAGCGGGUGA